AUGAGCCAACCGUCCCUUGGUCCUCGCGCCCAACUCACCUGCGAGACGUGCAAGCGACGCAAAGUCAAAUGUGACAAGCUACGGCCUUGUACGGCAUGUCGCAAGGCGGACAUUCGCUGUGUUGCUGUUGAGCGUGCUCGGUUGCCACGAGGACGCUCGGCAAAGAAGGAGAAAAUCACCAAACAGCAGGAGACGGCGGUGUCGUGUCACCAUUCCCCGAACUUGUCCAACCGGGUAGAAAUGCUGGAGAGACUUGUACGCUCCUUGCUGGGUAACCGCACAGAGACUUCAGACAGCAAAACAGCAUCAUUGCUCGAAGAUAUGGACGAAAUUUUCUGGUCAAGUGAAUUGGGGAGUCAGGAACAUGAUCAUACAAGCCUGUCAAUUGCGACGCCUAGMAGCGUUGAUGACGCGCCAUCUGCUCUAGAUCAACGACUACUGCAAAUAUACAUGACCCAAGUCGAUCCAAUCCUGCCCAUCCUGCAAUGCUCCUCGCUUUGGGACUACAUCACCGAGGGACUACCGUAUCUUACUUAUGCUGCAGAUCAUCCUGCUCCUAGGGCUCUGGUCUGCGCAAUCGGCUAUAUGUCAAUCGCCACACUCAGCGAUAAAACAUGCUCUCGCGACAUCGGCCUGUCGCGUGACCUUCUGCUCGACAGGUACUACAAUUUGACCGAGCGUGCCCUGAAACUUACGGAUUAUUACAAUACCGACGAUUUAACAGUACUGCAAGCCUUUGUUCUAUUCGUUGCGUCCCUCCAGGCGCACGACCGAAGCCGAAAGUCUUGGACCAUGUUGAGUCUGGCGCUCCGAAUCUCUCAAUCGCUCUUUCUCGAAAAAUCCGAACCCCCAUUUCCGGUAACCCCAUUGCAACGCGAAAUGCGUUCACGUCUAUGGCAUACAAUAUGCUUGCUAGAUGUUCAAGCGUCCUUUGAUCGCGGAUUGGCGCCGAUGCUCCGUGCCGAUUGUCUGAAGUCUCAGGCCAUUCCAGCAAUGAACUUCCUUGAUUACUUCCUGACACUGGAGCAGGAGCAGGAGGAUUCGCCGUUUCCAGAAUCGACCUCUCUCGCCAAUCCCCUGUUCUUGAUGGUGAUGGCCGAAGCCCAGCGCGCAUUCCGCUCGCUCGACUUGUCCGUUGGGACCCAUCCCAGCGUAGUUGGUGCGGACACACAAUCUCGUCUCCAGAUUGCAAUUAAUUUCCAGAAAGAGUCACAGACAAUCCUGGACGGAUCCAGCCUCACCAAAGACCCUUCACACUCGGUCCACUUGUUCUUGGAAAAGAUCACAUUUGUGACAUACUUGUACCUGCAGCUGAUUGCCGUAAACCCCAUGCAGCUUGACCAUAAUUCUCACUCCUCUCGGUGCCUAGAAAAUUACGAUAUAUCACUCUCAUAUGCAGUAAAUUUUCUGCAAGCACUGAAAGAUUUGCACGAAAGCUACGAUUCAAGCACCUUCCGGUGGUACCACCGGUGGUUUGUGCCAUGGCAUACUAUCAUCCCUUGA